AUGAACCAAACACGACCCUCAUCUCUUCCUUGCGAGAUUAUUUGCGAGGUGAUGAUCUUUGCUUUGAAUCCCUAUUCUCUCAUCAACAGUAUUUGCAGAAUGAGGCAUGUGAAUCGUGCUUGGUUCGCUGCAACAGAGAGUCGUGUGUUUUGGCAGAUGGUGGUAGAGGCUUGUCGUCGUUCGGCUCGACCUUCUUCAAGACCCUCCAAAAGAGACCAGCAGGAUGAGGAUCACGAAAGCAUCAUGAUGAUGAUAGCUGAGCAGUACGGUGAUGAUAAAUUAGAUCAAGAAUUAGACCAUGAAGAACAAGAGAUGAAUCCGAUAAAUGAUAAUGACGAUGAUGAUGAUCAUGAUGAUGACAUUCGUGAAGAAGAGCCUCUUGAUGCUAUGAGUGCCAGCUCCGAGACGCUAUCUUCAUGUAGUACUACGAAAUCUGGUAGUAGUAACAACAACAACACGUUGGAUAACAACUCCAAUUCAUGUCCUACCACUCAGUAUCACUAUUUCAAGACUCAUGAAUUCAUCGAUCAAUUGUUGCAUCAAACCCACUGCAACCGAUUUUACUUUUUCGAACAUGAUGAUGCAAUUCGACAUGACGGAUUUUUAGGAUUCCGACGAUUUGAAGAGAACAGUUACAGAGAUCCCAUUGACAAGUUCCGAGUAGAUGAUAAUGGUGAUUCGUUUUUACCAACAUCUUCCACAGAUCAGGAUGAUCAAGAAACAAGUGAAUGUUCUCUCUUUCAUGAAAAAGUGGCUUCAUGGAUUGAAGCAUUUGGCAACUUGAAAGGAGAACAUCUCUUACUGAGAGCCUUGUUGGAAAUUUCACUGGGUCAUGAAACCACUGAAUUUGUGGGAAUGAAAAGCAUGGGCACUUGUGUUCAGGCGUUUUUCCAAAAGCUUUUUGAACCUGCCAUGCUGCUAGUUCGAGAGUGGCAACAUUCACCUCAAAACAAGCCCAAAGAACUUCAUGCAUUCACAAAAAGCAGUGAUGAAGAGAAGAAGAAUUUGGAAAUGAACAUGUGUCAAGACCUAUUUUUCAACAAGAAUUUACUUCAAUUUUUGAAAGAAACACGCAAAGAAAAGUCCCUAUUUAAGCAAGACAUUGGUGUCACUUGGAAUGAUUAUGAUUUCUUUUAUCAUGUCAUUCCAAGACAAUACAUCUUAUUUGUGAUCGAACACUUUACAAAUAUGAACAUUGUGAAUGAAGAAGGUGACAAACAAGAUGUAGUAACUUUUAUCAUGGACAAUUUAUUUCAGUGUGGACUUCAUGUAGAGAAUAUACUUUUUCAUGACUUGUCUCUCAAUUUAAGAAACUUUGAGAGAACGGACAUGCUUAAGCGAAUUCUCCCUACCAUGUCAAGUGGUUUUUAUUUACAACAUUUGGCUGUAUGGACACAAAAUCUUUCCUUGUUGAAUUGGUGCCUUACUGUGAACGAUAAGGACGGAGAUACAAAAGUUUUGGAUCAUUUAACACCAAAAGCUUCAUUUUCCGUCGUGCCAAAAUCAUUGACCUUUCAAUCCUACAUGAGAACGUAUCUAUAUGACUCGUGCGGACUGAAUAUUCUUCACUACGCAGUUGGAAUGAAAAGUGUGGAAUUUGUUAGAGUCUUAUUGAAUGAAUAUUUAUGCAAUCCAUUUGUACCAGCACGUUUCAGUGAGACGCCCAUUUCAUUGGCCUACAAAAACCUGAUGCAACAUGUCGGGAAAUCCAAAAACAAUGUCGAGCAAGCCAUUCUGGAGCUUUUCACACAACACUAUCAUUUACCUUCGACUUUUUUAGAAAUAACUGAACCCAUCGAGAGUACCUGGCGUCCCAACGAUGAAGAAAAGUUAGCAGCACAAAGACAGGAAGGACAUAUAUGGUUCGACUUUAGAAAUAGUGAAUGGCAAGAACAAGAAGAUGACUUGGAACUCAAUACCAACAAGGUGGUCGAAAGAAAUGGAAAUAUUAUUACGUAUGACACCUGCACUGAUGAUGAGGAAGAUUAUUAUUACGAAUCUGAUGAAUAUGAGUAUGAGGAAUGUAUAUCCUUGGAGUGGAUGAAAAAACAAAUCAAAAAUCUAUCGUCACAGAUAUUUACUGAUGAAAAAAGUAGCAGCAACAAUGAAUCUGCACAGUGUGUACAUUCAGAGAAAGAAAUUCAUACCGAUAAGACUGAUACUAGUCAAGGUGAGCAUAACGAAAAUGAAUCAAAUUCAUUGAAAAGGAAAAGAUAUGACCCUGUCUAUCAAGAAUUUGGACAAAUGGAAGCUUUUACAGGCCAACUUCAAGAAUAUUUAUCAAACUUUGAGCUCUUGGAAGUCGAUGAUGACAUGCAUUGGUUUUGUCCAACUAAAUUCGUUAAAAUUUUGGAAAGGACUUAUGACCGAAACAAAAAACAGAAGCUUGACGAAAAUGUGGAUGAGAUUUUUAUUAAUAGAGGAAAUUGUGACAUUCCAAAGAGAGCAUUCAAUAGAGUGAUCAACGAAAUUGGUCAUGAUUACAAAAACGAAGUAUUAUUCAUGCCACAUGCGAAAAUGAUGAUUCAACAACAUACAGAAACACUCAUGAAGAGAGUGUUUGAACUUGCUUCACAAAUUGCUCUUUUUAUGGGUUACGAUUUUAUAACAAGAGAAUUUAUGUUGGUAGCACAGAGCAUCAUUUCACAAACAUCCCCAGUGUUAAACUUUGAUGUUGAAUCACAUCUAAAGGAGAUUUGUGAGAGUGAUUUAGACAAGGAUCUUAUGAAAAUCAUCGAAAGGUAUAUUGACAUACAUCUCUUAUUGGAGGUGUCUGCUGCCACAGAUACUACAUCUGACGAGGAUGACGAUUAUGAAGAUGUUAAUUCCACAUGCUCGGAUGACAGUUGUACCUCUAUUACUGCAAUUUGUAUUUCACACGACAAAACAUAUGUAAUGGAUGAAUUUGACACAUAUUUAGUUUACACGGAUAAUCCUACGAAAAAGAAGCAACAUGCAAACUUUACCAAGCAUUUCACAGGAUUAGAUGGUUUUAAUAGAAGCUUGCAAGUUGAGGUUCACAUAAACUCAUCCAAUUUCUACAUUUUUUCUAAUGAAAGAGAUUUGGUCAUUCAAUGGAUUGAUGGACAUUUGGAUAGCUUUGAUGAAAUGCAGAAGAGUUUACAAAAUAAACAACACGAUUGA